UUGUUAUCUAUGUGGACAUAAUUUGUUGAUAACUAUUUCAUGAAAAUAACAAACAUGUAUUAACAUAUUAUAUCUAACAGCUGACAGCAGUUUGAAUGUAUUUUUGACGGAGUAAUAAGCAUAUUGUAGACAUUUAUCAGUUCUUGUCGUCAUACACAUAACUGGUGUUUUUGAACAUCAACUCACUUUCUUUUGACAAAAUCAUAGGACAGAAAUGGCGGGAAGAGAUGUGGUUGAAAAUAUAAAUGAUACUGACAUUCCUCCAGGAAAGGAGGAACAGAGACGCAGGCCAUGGUAUAAAAGAAAUAAAAAAGCUAAAGUGUUUAUUUAUCUACACUCGGAUGAUUUAAAAAGGUUCAAGAAUAGAUUAAAAAAGCGCAUAAAAGUGAAACGAGAAGACAAUCGUUCGAACAAUGGCUCACCAAAAAGCAAAAAGAGGACAAUCAUCGUUGUAAGACACGCCUCGUCUCGAAUAGACUCAGAUGUAAAAGGUUGUUGCAAAGAUAUACAAGAAUCGGAUAUCAAACGUACUAUUGUUGUUAUUGUUUUUGGAUUUAAAAGUAAUCAAAACGACUGCCAUGGUAUGGAAAUACGUCCCAAGACCUUAAAUCCUGAAGAUGAAGAAGACAAAAAGUUAGAGAAUCUUAAGGGCAUUGUAGAAAUAAACUAUAAAUGUUCAAAGUGGAGAACCAACUGCAAAGACUGUAAAAAUGCUUUGAAAAUUCUAAAAAUGCAAGUAAAGUCACCAAACGACUACUAAAUGAUCAAUAUUAUAUGAAAGCACUAACUAGUAUAUUAUUUACAAAUCAUGUCAUAAAUAGUAUAUGCAAAGAAAUUUUCACUGUCUAGGUACCAUGUAAUAUUAAACGAAAGACAGGCUCAAUGCUGGUCAUAUUCUACUGAACAUAUUUCAAUUUGUUGAAUAAAGUCGGAAUAAUUUAUCAAUUGAAUUUAAACUUGAGAUCUUUAAAGUUUAAAUAUACAUGUUAGUUUUAAUGGAUUUCAGUUUCUCUCUAUUUUGCAUGUCAUGUUAUUUGCGUUGUCGGAUUAUUACUAUUGUUAACGGAGUAUCCUUUUAUCUGUUAUCAAUAUCCAUAUAACAAUUGUUGAAGAACAUCAUUAGUUAUAUACCUUACAUUAUGACUUAUCAGCCGCGUUAUUAUACAUGUCUAAUUACAAUUUGCUCACUUUACUACUUGCACAACACUAAUGUAAUUGACAUGUUGGCAUUACGAUACAGUAUUUAAAAUUGUUUUAAACUGGUCGUAUUGGUUUCAAAAUAUUUAAUAACUACGAAUAGUCUGGCAGUUUACAUAAUACGUAUUUAUUCAGUCAGCUUAAAUUUAGGCAUCAACGAUUGUUCUUCAAAUUUAAUGUAUCUUUAAAAAUUCUUUAAAAAUUAAUGUUGGUUAACUUAACAGGUGUUAAGACAAUAAAUGGUUUUGUAUGUUUGCACUUAAAUCCCUAUUAUUUUCAUUAAACUAUUAUCUAAUCUGGACAAUUUGUGCUCCUAAAGACUACUUGUUUUGAAAAAGUAUAAAUGCAAAUGACAAAGUAAUUAAUAUUUUUACCAUUUUACUAAUCAGUGUGUUUCUUUUGGAAUAAAGCGGCUCUUAAUUGUUUCUGCAUUAAGCCAAUAAUUGUAUUUAACUGAGUAAUUUUAUAACCUAUUUGCAAAAUCACUAAUGCAAUACAAUUUUGCCGUACAUGUGCUUUGCGUAAUGGAACGUGAUCUUCUCGACUUUAUUUACAUUGUUUGACCUAGUGUAGCUUAAACUUGGUCUACUAGUCAAUGAAAGAUUGUAUCAUAAAGGAAAUGCUGAUUAAACCUUUAAUUUGUCACAAUAAA